AUGAGCUCGACAGCUCAGCCCCACGAGAACAGUGUACAGAAGGACUACGACACCGUCGAACUCACCGACGAUCGCGACGACUCGGUCGGCCCCUCCUCGUCGGCACCGCUCCCCGCCGGCGCAUCGCCAAGCAUCCUCGCCGCGCCGACUCGUGCUAGCCCGCCACGCACCUCGUCUCGCCCGUCCGUCCCCACGUCCACGUCCACGUCCCGUGCGACCCCGCCUCAGCCGCCGCAGCAGCGCGACUCGCCGGCCAGCAGCUCGCAACGGUCCGGUCCCGCUCCUGCCGCAGGCCCCUCGUUCGCCGCCAACCGCCAGCCCCUCCUCGAUCAGAGCCAGCUCGCACCUCGCGGCCACCGCUCGAUGGACGUCUCGCACCAGCAGCCGCCGCCGCCGGUCGUCCGUCGCGACCUGCGCGACGACGAGCGCGCCAAGUCGCCUCCUCGCAAGGACGUCGUCCCUCCCGGCCCCGCUCCUUCGACCCCGCCCAUCCCGACGUCGCCCGCACCAGCCCUCGACCAGCGCCAGGCCGACUCGCACGCCCUUGCCGCCGCCGACGACUCGCCCAAGUGGCCCUCGCAUCCUCCUCCUCCUCCUCGCCGUCACCAAGUCUUCCCCCUCGACCGCCUCGAUGAACCUCGCCCCAACCUCAAGCUCAUCGCGGCGGGCCUCAAGCGCCUGGCGGCGGGCGGCCGCGUCGACUUCCCGCUCAGCGGCGCAGCGGGGCGAGGGCCGUCCGAGGAGGCCAAGGCCAAGAACCGGGCGGCGCUGGAGAAAUGGGGGAAGAAGAUCGCACCCGAUGGGCGCGAGUUGAUCAGGAACCGCCAGACCGACCAAUCGGCCGCCUCGUCGAGCGCCUUCCCCGACUUGCCGCCCGCCCCGACCUCGGGCUCGCGCGCCGGCCCCACCGCCGCCGCCGCCUCCGCCAGCUCGUCGACCGCCCAGGCGCCGCGCGUCGUCCACCAGAACGACCCGCAGACGGAGCCCGAGAUGCGCGUCGCCAUCGAGCAGCAGCUCCAGGUCGAGAUGAAGCUCGAGGUCAAGGACGAGGACGAGGAGGCGGCCUACCGCGCGACGGCCGACGACACGACGGCGAGUCGCGGGAGCAAGAAGAAGAAGGUCACGGUCGUCGAGUCGACUCCGAGCGACGAGGUCAAGAAGGCGGAGGACGACGAGGUCAAGAAGGAGGAGGACGACGACCACGCCGGCUCGUCGCAGCGCCCGAGCGUGCCGGCGAUCGUCGCCGAGGACGAGAAGAAGGUCGAGGUCAAGCCGUCGGUGGCGCAAGACUUCAGGCCCAAGGCGUCGAACGACAAGGGCAAGAUCAAGGUCGAGAACAAGAACGCGCCGUUUGACCAGGUCCACACGCUCCUGUUCGAGACGUUCCUCGUCGGCCGCCAGCACGUCCCUCUCGACCACCGGACCGGCCUGUACACGCUCCUGUACAGCGCGCUCGCCAAGCCCAAGUUCACGGUGCGCCGCAAGUCGGCCCCCAACGCCGAGUCCGAGGUCGUGUGCGAGUUCCGCCAGAAGGACGUCGACCGCGUCCUGUACUGCGACGAGCGCGACGAGUCGUCGAUCCCGUACCUCGAGUUUGGCUUCAACGAGUCGAGCACCGCCUUUGAGCAACUCGCUCGCGCCUGCGGUACUUCUUCAGACGGCAUCGACGCCCGCCGCCGCACCGUCGUCUUUCCUGUUGACGACUCGCCGAUGAUGAUGUGGAAGGACGAGCCGAGAACCGCGGUGGACCACGUCUUCAAGUCGUGCGCCGACGCCUGGCGUUCGACCCGCUCGUCCCGCAGCGAGGCGGGAUUCACCAAGUUCUGCCUCGACGGCAGCAGGCGAGCCGCCAACGACCUCGUCGACAAGAUGGACAAGCGCGCCGGCAAGCAGUCGGGCACGACCAAGCCCAGCCAGUCGAAGCUCAUCUUCCCGAACGCGCCCGUCGCCGCCAAGGCGCCUCGCCUGCACACGGACGCCGCCGGCGACCACGUCGAGAGCGAGGGUGGACCUUCUCGUCGCAGCAGCCGUCCUCCGACCUCGGCGUCCGCCGGCGACGGCCAAGUCGCAGCGGCGCGCAAGACGCUCGCCAAGCCGCGCUCGGUCUCUCCUUACGGCGCAGAAGAGAUCGUCUUCGAGUACCCGAUGCACGAGCUCGACGCCGUCUCGGUCACGUGGGGCGACACGAAGCGCCUGCGCGACGAGGGGUUCCUCAACGACACGCUCAUCGAGUUCGGCCUCAAGCGCAUCAUGGAGAACAUCGAGAAGCGCGACCGCGGCGUGCCCGACGCCGCCAAACUCGGGCCGCAGAUCCACGUGUUCAACUCGUUCUUCUACCAGCGGCUGUCGAUCAACAAGGACCUCAAGCGCGGCGUGGACCCGUACCUGCUCGUCGAGAAGUGGACCCAGCGCGUCGACCUGUUCAAGAAACGCUUCAUCGUCGUGCCGAUCAACGCGGCCCCGCACUGGUACCUCGCCAUCAUCGUCAACCCGAACGCGAUCACCAAGCCUCCUCCUCCCGCUGCCGCAUCUCGCAAGCCGGUCGCCGCGGCGCCGAUGGCGUUCACGCAGCAGGACUCGGAGCUCGGGCGGCAGGAGAAGCUCGCGAGGGAGCGCGAGGAGGAGGAGGAGGCCGAGCUGGGCGAGAAGGUCAAAACGAGCGCCGACAAGUGCUGGGUCCUCACGUUCGACUGGCUCGGCGCGCCGCACGAGCAGGUGGCGAACCGCGUCCGCGACUACCUCGUUCGCGAGGCGGCGUCCAAGUGGGGCCUGAACGAGACGUCGCCCGACGACGUCCAAGUCGUCAAGGUCAAUGUCCCGCAACAGCCCAACUCGUGCGACUGCGGCCUGUACCUGCUCCACUACGUCGAGACGUUCUUCAAGAACCCGCAGCUGUACCUCGACGCGGCGCUCGCGGCGCACCUGGAGCCGUCGUCCAAGAACGAGGACAAGGGCAAGAAGGACGUCGUCAAGAAGGAGCUCGAGUCGCAGUCGUUCGACCUGUGGAAGGGCGACGUCGCGCAGCAGAAGCGCGCCGUCAUGCGCGUCGAGGUCGAGCAGCUGCGCAAGGCGUGGCAGAAGGUCAUCGCGCCGCUGCGCGAGAAGGAGCGGCUCGAGCGCGAGGAGUACAAGCGGCUGCGGGCCGAGGAGCGCGAGGAGGAGCGCAACCGCGAGGAGGCCGAGCGCGCCGCAGCUCGCGAGGUCGAGGAGCAGCAGCACGGCGUGCACCACCGCAUGGCGCCGUCAUCGUCGUCGAAGGCCGAGGCCAAGGGCAAGCCGUCCGCGCCCGACCUCGUCCUGAGCGACAGCGAGUCGGCGCCGGCGGGUUCGUCGAGCGCGGUCGCCAAGCUGGUUUCGACGACCUCGACGGCAAUGCCGCGAGACGAGCAGGCCUCGCGCGGCUCGUCGUCGUCGGCGCUCGUCCAGACGCAGCAGCAGCGGUCGCACCACCUCGUCCACCAGCCGCUCUUCGACACGGGCCCGUCGUCGUCCUCGUCGUCUUCGGAGCGUCCUGGCGCCUCCCACGACGAGGGCGAGCCCCGCCCGGGCAAGAAGGUCAAGGUGCGCCACGCCACGGUCGACUCGCCGCAGCCGCCGGUCGACGGUGACCCGGCCCCGGCGACGCGCAGCAAGACGACGGCGACCGAGACGAUGGUGCUCGAGGACGACUGA